GGUCUGCGCCCCCUCCGGCCACACCAUGGGGCCCUGGCUGCUGCUGUCGCUGCUGCUGCUGGUGCAGGGGGGGCCUCCCCCCCACCCCCGCCGGGCCCCCGCCAACGCCACCAUCUUCUCCCACAUCUACAGCGUCCGCCGGGGGGCGGGUGAGGGGCCGGAGUCCCCGCAGGAGGCACUGGCCCCCCCCAGCCAGCUGCAGCCCCCCCGGCUCUACGAGCACACGCUGGAGGGGGACGAGCAGGUGGUCUUCACCCACCGCAUCAACCUGCCCCCCCCGGCCUGCGACUGCGAGGGGGGGGGCGCCGGCGGGGCCCUGCGGGAGGCGCUGGCCCGGCUGCGGGCGCUGGAGGCCCAGGUCCAGGCGCUGCGGGAGCAGUGUGGGGCCAAGGGCCAGACGGACACCCAGAGCCUCUGCGGCCGGCACGGCGCCUUCGACCUGGCCACCUGCGGCUGCGUGUGCCAGCCGGGCUGGGGCGGCCCCACCUGCGCCGAGCCGCAGUGCCCGGGGGGCUGCGGGGGCCGGGGCGAGUGCGUGGCCGGACGCUGCGUCUGCCCCCCCGGCUUCGCCGGCGCCCGCUGCGAGACGCCCGUCUGCGCCGACGACUGCAACGACCAGGGCCGCUGCCAGGGCGGGCGCUGCCUCUGCUUCCCCGGCUACUCGGGGCCGGCCUGCGAGACGCCGGACUGCCCCGGGGACUGCCACGGGCGCGGGCGCUGCCAGGACGGGCGCUGCCUCUGCAGACCCGGCUACGCCGGCCCGGACUGCGGCACCCGGGCCUGCCCUGGCGACUGCAGUGGGCGCGGGCGCUGCCUGAAGAACGGGGUCUGCGCCUGCCACCGCGGCUACACCGGGCCUGACUGCAGCCAGCCCGCCUGCCCCAGCGACUGCGGGGGGCAUGGGGAGUGCCGGAACGGGGAGUGCCACUGCCAGGACGGCUACGCCGGCGAGGACUGCACCCUAGAGAUCCCGGCCGUGACGCUGCGCGUGGGGCGCCGGGAGGAGGGCUCCUUCCGCCUGCAAUGGACUCGCCCCAAGAUCCACGUGGAUGGAUAUGAAAUUCACCUCGUUCCCACGGGUGACCCCGAGGGGGCCGUGUCCCUGCAGCUGCCCGGCUCGGCCACGUCCUUCGAGCGCUCAGGGCUGGGCCCUGGCCAGGAGUUCAGCGUCACCGUCCGGGCCCAGCGAGCCCAGCGCCUCGGGCCCCCCGCCACCCAGAGCGUCCGCACCCGGAUCGACGCUCCCCGUGACCUGCGCCCCACGGGGGCCACGGCCACCUCGCUGAGCCUGCGCUGGGAGCCCCCGGCCGCCCAGCCCGACGGAUACACCCUGCACUACCGCCCGGUGGGGCGGGACAGCCCCGAGCCCCCCACCCGCCUGACCCUGCCCCCCAACCGCACCACCCUCACCCUGACCGGCCUCCGCAGCACCACCCAGUACACCCUCACCCUGACCGCCCACCGCGGCCCAGAGCAGAGCCCUCCCGCCAGCAGCAGCGCCACCACCGCGCUGAUGCCCACCCUGCUCCCGCCUGGCCGGCCGCACCCAGAACCCACGCGCCCCCCCGUGGCCCGUCUCCGGCCGCCUGGCCCCGCGGGGAAGCCGGGCCCCCGGCCCGCCCCGGCCAACGCCUCCUCGCUCCCCAGCCAGCUCUUCUUCCAGACCGUGGCGCAGAACCUGACGGCCAAGCUGGCCCGGUACAACGGGACCCUGCUGCAGCGGCUGGAGAGUUACCUCCGCGCCACCCGCUACCCGCUGCGCGGCAACCAAACCAUCGCCAGCGUGGCCAGGACCAUCUACCUCUACCUGGUGCAGAGGAAGUCCCUGGAGGAACAGGAGAUGGUCUACGUGGGGCUGGGCCAGCAUUCGAAGGAGCUCGGGGCCAUGGCACCCACCCCGGGGAACCCUGCGGAGGAGCCCACGGGCCCCCCCGGCCACUUCCAGAUAGCCGGGAAGGAGGGCGGCAUCUUCUCGGAGGGCUCCCCCAGCUGGGCCACGGCCCCCAGGGGCCACGCCAAGCCGGCGGUGGUGGCCCGCUCCCCCGGCGCCAUUGUGGUCUCGCUGGAGGGCACGCGUGACCACGCGGAGCGCGUGGUGGUCCGCUACUGGCGGGCGGGCGACGGCGGAGGAGCAGGGGAGCUGGCGGUUCCCGGCGACGCCGCGGCGGUUCGCCUGCACGGCCUGGCGCCCGGCACCACCUACCAGGUGGAGAUCCACGGCCUGGUCCAGGGGCGGCUCUCCAAGUCCUAUUCCUUUCUCGCCUCCACAGCUCCAGAGGCAUCUGGCACCGAGCCCCCCCCCACGCCCAGCCUCUCCCGCCCUGGGCCGCCCCCAGGGGACCUGGCCGUGACAGACGUCUCCCCCGACCGGUUCCGCGUCACCUGGACGGCCACGACCGGCACCUUCCAGCACUUCCUGCUGCAGUACCGGGAGCCCGGCUCCCGGGCGCCUCCCGGGCACACCCAGGUGCCUGGGGGGAAGAGGAGCGUGAUCGUCACCCAGCUGAGCCCCGGCACCGAAUACGAGGUGGAGCUGCAGGGGGUGGCACCUGACGGGACCAUCUCAGAGCCCAUCACCACCAGCGUGUGGACAGCACCCCUUGGCGGGGGCCCCGGGCCAGGCGACCUGGGGGCCCUGGGGGUCAGGAACGUGACCAGCGAUGGCUUUGGGCUGCAGUGGAGGGCGCGGCAGGGCCUGUUCCACUCCUUCCUGCUGCGCUACGAGGAUGCGGCCGGGCGCACGGGGCCCCGGGAGGCCGAGGUGCCGGCGGACCAGCGGGCGACCCGCCUUGGGGGGCUGCGGCCUGGCACCCAGUACAACGUCACGCUGUACGGGGUGCACCGCGGCCAGCUCUCACCCCCCCUCAGAGCCAGCGUCCGGACAGCGCCAGCAGAACCCGGCACCCAGCCCAGCCUGGGGGAGCUCUCGGCCUCCGACGUCACCCACGACUCCGCCCUGCUCUCCUGGACCGUCCAGGCUGGGGACUUCGACUCCUUCCUCCUCCAGUACAAGGACGCGGAGGGCAAACCCCAGGCGCUGCCCGUGGACGGGGGAUCCCGCACGGUCACCGUCACCAACCUGGCCCCCUCCCGCAGAUACAAGUUCAACCUCUACGGCAUCUCCGGCCGCAAGCGCCUCGGCCCCGUCUCCACCGACGCCGUCACAGCCAAGGAGCCGCGGGAGCCGGAACUCACCUUCCAGCCCAGCCUGGGGGAGCUCUCGGCCUCUGACGUCACCCACGACUCCAUCCUGCUCUCCUGGAGCGUCCAGACCGGGGACUUCGACUCCUUCCUCCUCCAGUACAAGGACGCGCAGGGCAAACCCCAGGUGCUGCCCAUGGACGGGGGAUCCCGCACGGUCACCGUCACCAACCUGGCCCCCUCCCGCAGAUACAAGUUCAACCUCUACGGCAUCUCCGGCCGCAAGCGCCUUGGCCCCAUCUCCACCGACGCCGUCACAGCCAAGGAGCCGCGGGAGCCGGAACUCACCUUCCAGCCCAGCCUGGGGGAGCUCUCGGCCUCUGACGUCACCCACGACUCCAUCCUGCUCUCCUGGAGCGUCCAGGCCGGGGACUUCGACUCCUUCCUCCUGCAGUACAAGGACGUGGAGGGCAAACCCCAGGUGCUGCCCGUGGACGGGGGAUCCCGCACGGUCACCGUCACCAACCUGGCCCCCUCCCGCAGAUACAACUUCAACCUCUACGGCAUCUCCGGCCGCAAGCGCCUCGGACCCGUAUCCACCGACGCCGUCACAGCUGCAGGGCCGCCGAAGGAGGUAUCCACCACCCAGCCCAGCCUGGGGGAGCUCUCGGCGUCCGACGUCACCCACGACUCCACCCUGCUCUCCUGGACUGUUCAGGCCGGGGACUUCGACUCCUUCCUCCUCCAGUACAAGGACGCGGAGGGCAAACCCCAGGUGCUGCCCAUGGACGGGGGAUCCCGCACGUUCACCGUCACCAACCUGGCCCCCUCCCGCAGAUACAAGUUCAACCUCUACGGCGUCUCCGGCCGCAAGCACCUUGGCCCCGUCUCCACCGACGCCGUUACAGCCGCAGUGCGGCAGGAGGAAGAACCCACCGCCGAGCCCAGCCUGGGGGAGCUCUCGGCCUCCGACGUCACCCACGACUCCAUCCUGCUCUCCUGGACCGUCCAGGCCGGGGACUUCGACUCCUUCGUCCUGCAGUACAAGGACGCGCAGGGCAACCCCCAGGCGCUGCCCGUGGACGGGGGAUCCCGCACGGUCACCGUCACCAACCUGGCCCCCUCCCACAGAUACAACUUCAAAUUCUAUGGUGUCUCCGGCCGCAAGCGCCUUGGGCCUAUCUCCACUAACGCUGUCACAGCCGCGGCACCGACGGAGGCAGUACCCACGGCCCAGCCCAGCCUGGGGGAGCUCUCAGCCUCUGACGUCACCCACGACUCCGUCCUGCUCUCCUGGACCGUCCAGGCCGGGGACUUCGACUCCUUCCUCCUCCAGUACAAGGAUGCGCAGGGCAAACCCCAGGCGCUGCCCGUGGACGGGGGAUCCCGCACGGUCACCGUCACCAACCUGGCCCCCUCCCACAGAUACAAGUUCAACCUCUACGGCAUCUCCGGCCGCAAGCGCCUCGGCCCCGUCUCCACCGACGCCGUCACAGCGCCAUGGAAGGACGAAUCCGCCCCCCAGCCCAGCCUGGGGGAGCUCUCAGCCUCCAACAUCACCCACGACUCCAUCCUGCUCUCCUGGACCGUCCAGGCCGGGGACUUCGACUCCUUCCUCCUCCAGUACAAGGAUGCGGAGGGCAACCCCCAGGUGCUGCCCGUGGACGGGGGAUCCCGCACGGUCACCAUCACCAACCUGGCCCCCUCCCGCAGAUACAAGUUCAACCUCUACGGCAUCUCCGGCCGCAAGCGCCUCGGCCCCGUCUCCACCGACACCGUCACAGCACCGCAGAAGGAGGUACCCACGGCCCAGCCCAGCCUGGGGGAGCUCUCGGCCUCUGACGUCACCCACGACUCCAUCCUGCUCUCCUGGACCGUCCAGGCCGGGGACUUCGACUCCUUCCUCCUCCAGUACAAGGACGCGGAGGGCAAACCCCAGGCGCUGCCCGUGGACGGGGGAUCCCGCACGGUCACCGUCACCAACCUGGCCCCCUCCCGCAGAUACAAGUUCAACCUCUACGGCAUCUCCGGCCGCAAGCGCCUCGGCCCCGUCUCCACCGACGCCGUCACAGCCGCGGUGACGGACGGGGAGCAGGAACUCACCUUCCAGCCCAGCCUGGGGGAGCUCUCGGCCUCUGACGUCACCCACGACUCCGUCCUGCUCUCCUGGACCGUCCAGGCUGGGGACUUCGACUCCUUCCUCCUCCAGUACAAGGACGCAGAGGGCAAACCCCAGGCACUGCCCAUGGACGGGGGAUCCCGCAUGGUCACCGUCACCAACCUGGCACCUUCCCACAGAUACAAGUUCAACCUCUACGGCAUCUCUGGCCACAAGCGCCUCGGCCCCGUCUCCACCGACGCCGUCACAGCCGUGGCACCGCGGGACCAGGCAGCUGGGACGCAGCUCCGCCUGGGGGAGCUGUCAGCGGCCAACGCAGCCCACGACUCCAUCGACCUCUCCUGGACUGUGGAGGAGGGGACAUUCGACUCCUUCAUCCUCCAGUACCGGGACGCAGAGGGCAACCCCCGGGCGCUGCCUGUGGACGGUGCCCUGCGCUCCCUCCACCUCCAUGACCUGGCCCCCUCCCGCAGAUACAAGUUCAACCUCUACGGCGUCUCCGGCCGCAAGCGCCUCGGCCCCGUCUCCACCGACGCCGUCACAGCCGCGGCACCGACGGAGGCGGUACCCACCGCCCAGCCCAGCCUGGGGGAGCUCUCAGCCUCUGACGUCACCCACGACUCCACCCUGCUCUCCUGGACCGUCCAGGCCGGGGACUUCGACUCCUUCCUCGUCCAGUACAAGGACGCGCAGGGCAAACCCCAGGCGCUGCCCGUGGACGGGGGAUCCCGCACGGUCACCGUCACCAACCUGGCCCCCUCCCGCAGAUACAAGUUCAACCUCUACGGCAUCUCCGGCCGCAAGCGCCUCGGCCCCAUCUCCACCGACACCAUCACAGAGAUGGAUGUGGAUGAGGAUCGAUGGAUAAGGAGAUGGAUGGAUGUGGAUGGGGAUGGAUGGAUAAGGAGAGGGAUGGAGAUGGAGCGGAUGGACAGAUGCGUGUUGAUGGAUGGGGGGCUGUAUCUGGGAACGCAUCGAAUGAUCUGCGCCCUUCACUCCCCUCUCUCUGUUCCAGCCGCGGCACCGACGGAGGAGGUACCCACGGCCCAGCCCAGCCUGGGGGAGCUCUCGGCCUCCGACGUCACCCACGACUCCAUCCUGCUCUCCUGGACCAUCCAGGCCGGGAACUUCGACUCCUUCCUCCUCCAGUACAAGGACGCGGAGGGCAAACCCCAGGCGCUGCCCGUGGAUGGGGGAUCCCGCACGGUCACCGUCACCAACCUGGCCCCCUCCCGCAGAUACAAGUUCAACCUCUACGGCAUCUCCGGCCGCAAGCGCCUCGGACCCGUCUCCACUGACACCGUCACAGCCGCGGCACCGACGGAGGCAGUACCCACGGCCCAGCCCAGCCUGGGGGAGCUCUCGGCCUCCGACGUCACCCACGACUCCACCCUGCUCUCCUGGACGGUCCAGGCCGGGGACUUCGACUCCUUCCUCGUCCAGUACAAGGACGCACAGGGCAAACCCCAGGCGCUGCCCGUGGAUGGGGGAUCCCGCACGGUCACCGUCACCAACCUGGCCCCGUCCCGCAGAUACAAGUUCAACCUCUACGGCAUCUCCGGCCGCAAGCGCCUCGGCCCCAUCUCCACCGACACCGUCACAGCCGCAGCACCGACGGAGGCAGUACCCACGGCCCAGCCCAGCCUGGGGGAGCUCUCGGCCUCCGAUGUCACCCACGACUCCAUCCUGCUCUCCUGGACCGUCAAGGCCGGGGACUUCGACUCCUUCCUCCUCCAGUACAAGGACGCACAGGGCAAACCCCAGGCGCUGCCUGUGGACGGGGGAUCCCGCACGGUCACCGUAACCAACCUGGCCCCCUCCCGCAGAUACAAGUUCAGCCUCUACGGCAUCUCCGGCCGCAAUCGCCUCGGCCCCGUCUCCACCGACACCGUCACAGCCGCGGCACCGACGGAGGAGGUACCCAUGGCCCAGCCCAGCCUGGGGGAGCUCUCGGCCUCCGACGUCACCCACGACUCCAUCAUUCUCUCCUGGAGCAUCGAGGCUGGGGACUUCGACUCCUUCCUCCUCCAGUACAAGGACGCGCAGGGCAAACCCCAGGCGCUGCCCGUGGAAGGGGGAUCCCGCACGGUCACCGUCACCAACCUGGCCCCCUCCCGCAGAUACAAGUUCAGCCUCUACGGUAUCUCCGGCCGCAAGCGCCUCGGCCCCAUCUCCACCGACGCCAUCACAGCCGCGGCACCGACGGAGGCAGUACCCACGGCCCAGCCCAGCCUGGGGGAGCUCUCGGCCUCCGACGUCACCCACGACUCCAUCCUGCUCUCCUGGACCGUCCAGGACGGGGACUUCGACUCCUUCCUCCUCCAGUACAAGGACGCGCAGGGCAAACCCCAGGCGCUGCCUGUGGACGGGGGAUCCCGCACAGUCACCGUCACCAACCUGGCCCCCUCCCGCAGAUACAAGUUCAACCUCUACGGCAUCUCCGGCCGCAAACGCCUCGGCCCGUCUCCACCGACACCGUCACAGGAUAAGGAGAUGGAUGGGGAUGGAUGGAUAAGGAGAUGGAUGGAUGUGGAUGGGGAUGGAUGGAUAAGGAGAGGGAUGGGGAUGGAGCGGAUGGACAGAUGCGUGUGGAUGGAUGGGGGGCUGUAUCUGGGAACGCAUGGAAUGAUCUGCGCCCUUCACUCCCCUCUCUCUGUUCCAGCCGCGGCACCGACGGAGGCAGUACCCACGGCCCAGCCCAGCCUGGGGGAGCUCUUGGCCUCCGACGUCACCCACGACUCCAUCCUGCUCUCCUGGACCGUCCAGGACGGGGACUUCGACUCCUUCCUCCUCCAGUACAAGGACGCGCAGGGCAAACCCCAGGCGCUGCCCAUGGACGGGGGAUCCCGCACGGUCACCGUCACCAACCUGGCCCCCUCCCGCAGAUACAAGUUCAACCUCUACGGCAUCUCCGGCCGCAAACGCCUCGGCCCCGUCUCCACCGACACCGUCACAGCCGCGGCACCGACGGAGGCAGUACCCACGGCCCAGCCCAGCCUGGGGGAGCUCUCAGCCUCCGACGUCACCCACGACUCCAUCCUGCUCUCCUGGACCGUCCAGGCUGGGGACUUUGACUCCUUCCUCCUCCAGUACAAGGACGCGCAGGGCAAACCCCAGGCCCUGCCUGUGGAUGCGGGAUCCCGCAUGGUCACCGUAACCAACCUGGCCCCCUCCCGCAGAUACAAGUUCAACCUCUACGGCAUCUCCGGCCGCAAGCGCCUCGGCCCCGUCUCCACCGACACCGUCACAGCCGCGGCACCGACGGAGGCAGUACCCACGGCCCAGCCCAGCCUGGGGGAGCUCUCGGCCUCCGACGUCACCCACGACUCCAUCCUGCUCUCCUGGACCGUCCAGGCCGGGAACUUCGACUCCUUCCUCCUCGAGUACAAGGACGCGCAGGGCAAACCCCAGGUGCUGCCUGUGGAUGGCGGAUCCCGCACGGUCACCAUAACCAACCUGGCCCCCUCCCACAGAUACAAGUUCAACCUCUACGGCAUCUCCGGCCGCAAGCGCCUCGGCCCCAUCUCCACCGACAGCGUCACAGCAGCGCAGAAGGAGGUACCCACAGCCCAGCCCAGCCUGGGGGAGCUCUCGGCCUCCGACGUCACCCACGACUCCGUCCUGCUCUCCUGGACCGUCCAGGCCGGGGACUUCGACUCCUUCCUCCUGCAGUACAAGGACGCGCAGGGCAACCCCCAGGUGCUGCCCGUGGACGGGGGAUCCCGCACGGUCACCGUCACCAACCUGGCCCCCUCCCGCAGAUACAAGUUCAACCUCUACGGCAUCUCCGGCCGCAAGCGCCUCGGCCCCGUCUCCACCGACGCCGUCACAGCCGCGGCGCCGCGGGACAAGGGAGCCGGGACGCAGCUACGCCUGGGGCAGCUCUCAGCCUCCAGUGUCACCCACGACUCCGCCCUGCUCUCCUGGACCGUGGAGGAGGGGACCUUUGACUCCUUCAUCCUCCAGUACAAGGACGCGGAGGGCAAACCCCAGGCGCUGCCCGUGGACGGGGGAUCCCGCACGGUCACCGUCACCAGCCUGGCCCCCUCCCGCAGAUACAAGUUCAACCUCUACGGCAUCUCCGGCCGCAAGCGCCUCGGUCCCAUCUCCACCGACACCGUCACAGCCGCGGCACCGACGGAGGCAGUACCCACGGCCCAGCCCAGCCUGGGGGAGCUCUCGGCCUCCGACGUCACCCACGACUCCGUCCUGCUCUCCUGGACCGUCCAGGCCGGGGACUUCGACUCCUUCCUCCUCCAGUACAAGGACGCGCAGGGCAAACCCCAGGCGCUGCCCGUGGACGGGGGAUCCCGCACGGUCACCGUCACCAACCUGGCCCCCUCCCGCAGAUACAAGUUCAACCUCUACGGCAUCUCCGGCCGCAAGCGCCUCGGCCCCGUCUCCACCGACACCGUCACAGCCGCAGCGCCGCGGGACGAGGGAGCCGGGAUGCCGCUCCGCCUGGGGCCGCUCUCGGCCUCUGAGGUCACCCACGACUCCCUCGAUCUGUCCUGGACCGUGGAGGAAGGGACCUUCGACUCCUUCAUCCUCCAGUACCGGGAUGCGGAUGGCAACCCCCAGGUGCUGCCCGUGGACCGGGGAUCCCGCACGGUCACCAUCACCAACCUGGCCCCCUCCCGCAGAUACAAGUUCAACCUCUACGGCAUCUCCGGCCGCAAGCGCCUCGGCCCCGUCUCCACCGACGCCGUCACAGGCCGGCCGGACGAGGACGAGGAGGAGGAGGAGGAGGAGGAAGGGGCCACGCAGCCCAAGCUGGGGGAGCUCUCGACCUCCGAGGUCACCAAAGACUCCGUCCGCCUCUCCUGGAGCGUCCAGGCCGGGGCCUUCGACUCCUUCCUCCUGCAGUACCGGGACACGGACGGCAAACCCCAGGCGCUGCCCGUGGACGGGGGAUCCCGCACGGUCACCGUCUCCGACCUGCUCCCCUCCCGCAAGUACAAGUUCAGCCUCUACGGCGUCUCCGGCAGCAAGCGCCUCGGCCCCGUCUCCACCGACGCCGUCACAGCCUUCCUGGAAGCCUCCAGCGUGACGCCCGCCCGGCUGGAGCAGCUGCUCGUCUCCGAGGUGACCCCGACCUCCCUGCGGCUGCGCUGGGACGCGCCCGAGGGCGACUUCGACACCUUCCUCGUGCGGUACCGGGCCGAGGGCCGGGGGCCCCCCCAGGAGGUGCCGGUGCCGGGGGCCCAGCGCUCGGCCGUGCUGCGGGGGCUGCGGCCCGGCACCGAAUACGGCCUGGCCGUGUACGGCCUGCGGCAGGGCGAGGAGACGGCCGACGUCCACGGGGCUGCGCGGACCAGCAGCCUCGGCUGGUGCUGCCCCCGGUGGCCACGCUGGGAAGGGCCCCCCGGCUGGCCCCACCUCGGCGCCCGUGGAGCCCCUGAGCCCCCUGUCUCCCCAGAGCUGGCGAGGCCCCGGGAGCUGCGCUUCAGCGACGUCCGAGAGACCUCGGUGGGGGUGACCUGGGGGGCCUCGGCCACCCCCGUCGACCGCUACAAGGUGUCCUUCCAGCUGCGCCACGGGGGGGAGCCGCAGAGCGCGCUGGUCGAGGGCACCCGGCUGCAGACGACGCUCGAGGGGCUGAUCCCCGGGGCCAGCUACGAGGUCAGCGUCAUGGCCGUGCGGGGCUUCGAGGAGAGCGAGCCGCUGGUGGGCUACGUGACCACGGUCCCCGACGGCCCCUCGGAUCUACGCGCCGUCAACGUCGCCGACACCGCGGCCCUGCUGCGCUGGCGCCCGCCCCGGGCCCCCGUCCAGAGCUACGAGCUGAGCUACGGGCCCCCCCAGGGCCCCUCGGUGACGCUGCGGCUCCCCGGGGACCGGGCCGAGCACCCCCUGGCCGGGCUGCGGCUGGACACCGAGUAUCUGGUCAGCGUCCACGGGGUGACGGGGGGGAACCGCAGCUCCCCCGCCAGCGCCACCUUCACCACCGGGCUGGACGCCCCCCGGGACCUGCGAGCCACCGAGGUGACCCCCCGCAGCGCCCGGCUCUCCUGGACCCCCCCCCGCGUCCCCCCCGCCGGCUACCUGCUGAGCUACGAGACGCCCUCCGGCCAAACGCAGGAGAUCCCCCUGGGCGCCGACGCCGCCUCCCACCAGCUGAGCAACCUGACCCCGUCCAGCCGCUACCAGGUCCGGGUGCAGGCGAUCCGGGGGGGCCGCCCCAGCACCCCCAUCGCCACCUCCUUCAACACCGUCUGGCUGAGCUACCCCUUCCCCCGGGACUGCGCGGAGGAGCAGCUGAACGGGCCGGGCCCCUCCCGCGAGGUGACCAUCUACCUGGGGGGCGACAGGCAGCGCCCCCUGCAGGUGUUCUGCGACAUGGAGACUGACGGGGGCGGCUGGCUGGUGUUCCAGCGGCGCAUGAACGGCGAGACGGAUUUCUGGCGCGACUGGCAGGACUAUGCCCAGGGCUUCGGGAACCGGUCCCAGGAGUUCUGGCUGGGUAACGACGCCCUGCACGAGCUGACGGCCGCGGGGGAGCAGGAGCUGCGGGUGGAUCUCCGGGCCGGCGCCGAGGCCGCGUUCGCCCAGUACCAGCGGUUCCGGGUGGACCCCCCCAGCGAGCAUUAUCGCCUGCACCUGGGCAGCUACCGCGGCACGGCCGGCGACGCGCUGAGCUACCACUCGGGCAGCGUCUUCUCGACCCGGGACCGGGACCCGAACCGGCUGCUGAUCCCCUGCGCGGUGUCCUACCGCGGGGCCUGGUGGUACCGCAACUGCCACUACGCCAACCUCAACGGGCUCUACGGCAGCCGCCGGGACCACCAGGGCGUGAACUGGUUUAACUGGAAAGGCUUCGAGUUCUCCAUCCCCUUCACCGAGAUGAAGCUGCGGCCGCGGCAGGGCUGAGGCGGCCGGACGGACCGACAGACGGACGCGAGGGAGCGGGAGAGCGCAGCACCACCGGGCACCACCAGGGGGAGCCGGGGCGUCACGAGGAGACCCCCCCAGGGGGCCCUUCCACCCACCCCUCCCCCCUAGGGACCCCCCUUCCCCACAGAGCCCCCCCAAUGCUUAAUUCCCUCCAUACCCCCCCAGCUCACCUAGCCCCUCCCACA